AUGAUAAUCGAUGGUGUGCAUGAUCUUGGUGUUGUUCUUCCAACUGUGUCAGAUGAAUUUUUUAGACGAGAUAUUACAUUGGUGAUUGCGGCUUUUCAAACACCUAUUUUCGAUUUUUGGAAUUUAUAUCGUGUAUCAGCUCGUAAUACAGGUGGUGAAUAUUACUUAAUAUCAAAUAUGUUUGAUAUUCUUGCUCAUAUUAUCUUAUUAACUCUCUCGGAUGGAUAUACGCUUCAUCAAGCAUUUACUCAUACACAUACAGAAAAUUCUCUAUUGGAUAUAAAUAAUGCUACUAAUAUAGAAGGAAAUAUCAAACAAGUCAUAUUAUCUACAAUUCAAUUUUUAAUCACAGGCUAA